UUGAACUUGACUUUGAUUUCGGUGACUAGUAUAGAGGAGCUUGUCUCGGAAAGAAAGUUAUUUUAAGUAAAAAAAUAUUAAAUAAAGUUAAUCAGUAUUUUUUUAGUUCUGUUUAAUUCCAUUCACUUCGAUUUUCAUUGAUAUAUAUCGAGAACUCGUUCCUCUUGUUUCCAUUUUUCUUAAUUUUUUUGUUCUUGAAUUUUGUUCUUUAUUUCACUUUAAAUCAAGAAGCAUUUUUAAGUAAAAUUCAAAAAGAAAGCAAAGUAAUAAAAGAAUAAUAAAAAAAGUCAAUCAAGUGCUUUCAGUUGAGUGCAUAUUGAGCUCGUGUAAAGUCACACAAUAUAAAAGGAAGGAAGAGAAAGAGUGAGACACGAAAAAAAUAAUAAAUUAAGCAAAAAAGAAAGAAUAAGAAUUGAAUAAAAGAUAACAAUAAGGAUUUAGUUAAAGGAAAUCAUAAAGAUAAGCAUCCAAAAAUGAUCAAAUUAUUAUUCUCGCUCAGUGUAUUAUGUGUUGCUGCAACAGGUCAGCGAAUAAUGACGAUUCAAUUGGACGGUGUCCAGUAUUAUAUCUCACGUAUGAAUCCGUAUUCACCUGAGUUGAAUUACUAUCUCGCCUAUCAAUACUGCCGAUCACUUGGUCUUCAGCUUGCAUCAUUCGAUUCCAGAGAGAAAUAUACUGGAAUGGUUGAAUAUCUUAAGAAUGCUAAGUUUGGUGAUUUUGAUUACUGGACCUCUGGUAAUCGUUUAGGAACUGGAAUGUUUUUGUGGAUGAGUACAGGCUUACCUUUUAACUCAACAUUUGAUUACUUCGAUCAUGAUUUACAUGCUGAUUCGAAUGAUCAUAAUGGUAACACAGCACCACAGAGAACAGCACGAGACGAUACAAGAAGACCAUUGGAUAAGCAUUGCGUGUUACUUAAAGCACCGUCUCUCAAGUGGGAAGCUGAUGAUUGCUUACAAGUUAAAGAUUUCAUAUGUGAACAAACGCGAUGCUACUAUUAUAACUACGGAAGUAUACCCGUCAGCUCAUCACAGGGGCGAAAAAUAUCCGCUAAUAUCGUAUCAACAGUGUCAACGACUAGAACAACACCAUCAUCAUCAUUUGUUACAACAUCAACGGUAUCACCACUUCCAUCGUCAUACAAAGAAACAACAGCACUUUAUGUAUCAUUGAUGGGAUCAGCAACAAGUGCACCACAUUCAGAUGAGCAAAUUGACGACGAUCAUCAUAUUAUUAUUGAUGAUAGCGAUGAGCAUACAGAACAUGAUGAGGCAUCGACAACUGCAUCACAUGAUGGUGGCGAAGAGGAUGUACAUGAGGAGGAAGAAGAACACCAAACAGUAAGCGCGGAAGAGACACACGUCCAUACAGAAUCGUCAGAAAGUUUACUGGAUGUUCGCCAUAGCGGAAGUGUUGAAGAAAACGAAGACAUUCCCGUUGAGCAAAGACUGCGUGAAUUGACUGACGAUUUAGGUAGACUUCAACAAUUGAAUACCGAUGACGAAAACCGCCAAUCAUUCCUAUCAUUAUCCGAUUUAAUAAAGAAUCUUCGACAUGAGGAUGAAAAGCCAUUGCAAAUAGACUCAAGUUAUGCACGAAGUAAGGUAUUGGGUGAGAAGCCUGAUAUUGUCUAUCAUCCAAGAAAUACUGGUGAUGUUGCCAAUCGUUCAUUAAAGAAGUAAACGACUGUGUAGGAUUACAAGAUUAAUAAUGAGAAAUGCAAAAUUCUUUCAUUAAUUUUUUUUUCUCAUUAAUUUCAAAUCAUUUUCAACAUAAUUUUUUUAUUAUAAAUAAUAAGAUGAAGAAGCAAAACUAAUUGUGAGACAACUGUAAUUCUGUGCUAAUUGAGGAUGCUAAUUGCAAGUAUCAGUUAUAAAUUAAAACAGACUCAAUUCUACCAAGAUAAUUAUAUU